ACGGGGAUGUAAUACUGUAGCUAUGAUUUUCCACUAUACCGUAAUACGAAAACAUUCUGGACUCUAUUUAAGAAAAAAUAUAUUUUAAGUGAUUGAAAUUAUUGGUAGUUAGUGGAUUUCUUACCAUAAAGUCACUGUGUUGCCCUCCGAGAGCAGUUUAGGAAAAGAAUUCUUCGAUAGCAGUCUAGCAUCGGAUAUGGCUGCAAAUGAGCGAGGGUCUCGCAGCUUAGCCCUUGAACAGACAUACGUACACGAUGUUUAUGAGCAGUACUAUGAUAAUCCGCGUAGCAAGCCUUGGCCCAAAGUACAGCAGUUUAUGGAGAAACUUGAACCUGGUGCCUUAGUAUGUGACGUAGGUUGCGGCCAUGGAAAAUACUUAAAAGUUAAUAUGUCAAUUUUUACAAUAGGAGGGGAGAAAUCAAUUAGACUGAGUGACUUAGCUAGGCAAAAUCAAAACGAAGUAAUUAAAUUAGACAAUUUGGCACUGCCAUUUAAAGAUAACUGUUUUGAUACUCUGUUAUCAUUAUCAGUAGUACACCAUUUCGCAACGACUGAUAGAAGAGUUAGCGCCCUUAGAGAAAUGGCACGGGUAUUGAGAGUUGGGGGUAGGAUGAUUAUUACUGUAUGGGCUAUGGAGCAAGAUCAUAGAAAAUUUGAAUCACAAGAUGUCUUAGUUCCUUGGAGAAAACCAACGGCACAUGAAUGUAAUGAAACCAUGACUGCUAAAAACUUGCCAGCUGGUACAAAGAACCACCCUAUUAAUAUAACUGAUAGUGAUCCUAGUAAAACUUUCAGAUUUAGAAAUACAUUUAAAAGGAAAUCAAGAGCUGCUCAACAUAAACAUCAUCGUUCAAUAGACUCUUGCGGAAAAAGCUCUUCAAAUAGUUCAACCCUUUCCUCUCCAAAUGAGACAUGUUACGGAUUUAUGAGAAGGGCUUUACAAAAAAUAGCGGGAGGAGGUAAACGGGUGGUUGCCAACUCUUGGUUCUUAGAUAACUGGAUUACGUGUAUGUACAGGCAACAACCCUUACAAAAAAGAUAUGAUCCAGACGGAUGUGAGUACUGUAAAUGUUCAGGUUGUAACACUUUAGAAGAUCAGCCAAUAGAACUUCUCAGGGUAGAAGAUGAAGAGCCAAAACCCAUACCACGGCGACAAACGUGUCCGGUUUCGCAAAUGAGUGCUGACAUUUUUACUUUUAAAUCUAAAAGUAUGAAUAAUAUUAGAAUUUUUCAAGAAAACAAUAAUAACCGAUUUAUCCCUAAAACUACUGGCAUAGACAACGAAGCGAAUAAUUUACCCCAAAACUUACCACGAAAUACACUAACCAGGCCAAAACUGGUAAAACAGAAAAAAUCAUUAUGUGAUGAAGAUGCUCAAGAAGCACUAGACCAACCGACUGAUAUGAAAGAACUUGUCAGAGCCAUGCCGGAAUUUAAGUCUGGAUUAACCAGAUACGAAAGAGGCAGUGUAUUAAAACAGCGCUCACUAAAUGAAGAAAUCUUAUCGACAGAUAGGUUGAGAGAGAAGGAAAGACUUAAACGGAAUAUCCAGAAACAAACCUCUUUAAACGAGGACUUAUUUUAUAAAAAACCUCACACCUUAGAGUCUUUGAGAGAAUCUUUCUUUGCAAUGGCAUCCAGCAAAAGUUUCCAGAUGUUAAAAAAUGGAUUAACGAAUAGAAUUAGAAAUUCUACGACUAUGGAAAGAGUUGCCAAUGCAUCAAUUAAAAAUGGCUUUGUUAAGAUUUUUCAAACGUGGAAAGGAAGUGAGCUAAAGUCCCCAACAAAUCGAGACAACGAAAAGUUUAAGAACCUUCCGAACUGCCUUUUAAACGAUACAGAAACUAGUGAGAAAACCGGUGAAAGACGCCCUUCAAAAGAAGACGGUUCUGACUCGUCUAAAGAUAGUAGCCUACAAUCAGACACGAGUGUUGAUUCCGAAGAUUCUUUUGCCUCUGUGAUUUUUGUGCCCAAAUCGGAUCCUAUGUCCCCAAUUGGCGGGGCUAGCUUAUCGGCAGGACCAGCUUCUCCUCUGCUAAAAGGCACCUGUCAUUCCGCCCCACAGUCACCUAGAAUUAAGCAAUCUAGCUGUCCCACUAGUCCCAGAGUAAAGCAAGUGCCUAAUGGUGUUCAUCCUUUGACGAAGCAGCUGAGCUCACCUAAGCCAUCAACAGGAUUACUUGUUGUGAAUUCGUUUUUUCCGGCAAAUGAAAAAAGUACGGAUAGCAGUAGAUUAUCAACGAUUCCAAAGUUAUUGCCUGAAUCAAUUCCACCCUCUAAGAAACAAGACACCAGACUGUUUGCUCAAAAGUAUUCUGUACAGCCUAUUCCAAAAUUCAAGAAAACCAGCCUUAACACACCAAAUUUGAACGACCAAACCAGUAUUCCUUUAGUGCCAACAGCAAAUGCUGUAAGCCCUAGCGAUAAGCUAUCCCCAGAGAGUUCGGAUGCAUCUCGAGCGGAGAAACUAAAGACAAUUCGUGAAAUAUUAACGCAAAAACCAGGAUUUGGCAGAAGGUCAAAGGGUCAUUGUCCAAUUGUUAGAAAAAUAUCCGAUCCAGACAACAAGGACCAAAGUCUUGCCAAACCAAUUCCAAAGCUUAUGAAACUUGAAAUCUUCAAUCCUGAAGAGGAUGACGACAGUGACAAUAGUUGCGUUUCUUCGCCAGACUCAACUGGAAGCGUGGCUAGUGUAAAAUCUCGUAAUAAUAAUUGCAGCGUUCCUGAAAAAACGUUUUUAUUUCCUGAUUUAAAAGUGCAAGAAAAAUCUAUAAGUCUCCUAGAAGCAGCUGCAAACGUUGCCUGUAGCUUAGACGAAGCUGUGGAAAAAGUAAUACGUACAAAGGCCAAAGCGAAACUGCCUGUAGAUGUUUUCUCUAUUUUACAUAGACGGCUGUCAUCAGACAAAACGCCUAUAUUAAACGAAGAAGAAGAUGCGAUUGAUGAUACUCCCAGGAUAUCAAGCGAAACAUGGAACGAAGAAUGUCAUAAGCAUCUUACAGCAUUUGCAGAUAAAUUAAGUGAAAAGCUUAUGAAGGAACUGGAUGAAUAUCAACUUACGAUUGACAACAUUGAUGAUCCUUAUAUUCAUCGACUAAGCGAAGAACUGCACGACCUUUCCGUUUUGAGUGACGAAAUUCAAAAACAAAAUGAAUACCUGACGCACCUCUCCCAAAAGAAUCACAACAACUGCCAAAAAUGCAAAAAACUUUUGGAAUGUAUUUGUCGGACUAAAAGUGUAAAUAGUUCAGUGUCGAAAUCGAAACCGGCUAUUAGCCUUAAUUGUAACGGGUAUGUAAAUAUAAAAAAUGAUGAACAUAUAAAUGGAAAACAUUUAGACAAUUAUUACGCUUUGUACAAUAAUACUAAUGGGGACCAAUGCGAGAGGCAUAAAUUUGGCGAAAAUAUAGACAACGAUGAUUUAAAAAAGAAGCAAGGAAACAGCAGAUCUAUAAUUAAAAAGGGAAGUUCAUCUUCGGAAUCAUUUGAUUCCAGUGAUAAAGGUAGUGAUAGUAGCAACUCACAACUCUCCAGUGGCGCUACCUCGAUUAACUUUGGGGGACAGUCCAUAGCUUCCUCAGUAACAGACUUGACAGGCGAUUCUAGAGACAGCUGCAGCAAUGGUGGUAGCACGGCAUCUCUAAUCUCGGUGGAUUCAAAAAGCAAAACGAAACCUAGCGUUAUAGAUAGGUUAAGUCCAGGAAAUUUAAAGAGAAGGGAUCCGUCUGGUCUUAGUGACGUUUCUGCAGAUUCAUGGCCAUCGGAAGAAGUUGGAGGAGAAAUAAUUUAUCAUAGAUACUAUCAUGUAUUUCGACAAGGUGAGCUGGAGAAGUUAAUCGAAAAAUACGUUGAAGAUCUGCACGUGGUGUCUUCUACGUACGAACACGCUAGCUGGUGCAUCAUAGCCGAAAAAGUUCAAAUUUGGACUAUCUGACCGUCGUCUACUUCUAUAGCUUUAAUUAUAGCGCAUGAUCGGUCUUUUCGCACAAUGUACAUUUCUAAAAUAAGGAUUUGGAUAGCUUUGGACUUUUAAUUUUUCAUCAGCAAUAAGGCCGACAAAUUUAAUGUAAAUCUAUAUAAGAAUAAGUAGUAGUUCGGUUAAUAUAAUAAACAUAUCUAAAAAAUUAUAUAAUUCGGUUUAAAAGUUUUGCUAUAAUAUAGUUGCGUGCUUUUGAAAAAAAAGCUAUAGUCUCCACAAGUGCCAUUUAAUGCAAGCAGUAAGUGUAUAUUUGAAAAUUUAAUAGGUUCAAAGCUAUACAAUCUUAGAAAUAUUUAUUGUAAAUAUAUUCAUAGUAUACAUUUUACAAAACUCUAAUUUCUAAAGUUUUCGA